UCAUCCAUCCAAUCUCAUCUUUGCCCCAGGAAAACAGUAUCAAUCCAGUCCAACACCAACUGCCUUGAGGCAAGAUAACAGCAUCAUGCACAUCUCCAACCAUAUCGUGACCGCGCUCGCCAUCGCAGCCGGCACCGCGCAAGCCCGCUUCCCAGCUCACGGCAAGGUCUACGGCCGGUCCAACGCAACUGAACCCACCACCAUCGCCAUCAGCAUCCCCUCUCCCGUGAGCAGCAACGGCAUCAUCGUAAUCCCACCGCCGACAAUCCCCGAAGGCCCAGAGCCCGCGCCCGCAGCAACAGCGCCCGCAGCAACAGCGCCCGCGGCAACAGCGCCGGCGCAAACGCAACCCAUCGAGCUCAGCACCGAGGUGGUGGCCCCGGCGCCCUCGACCGAACCAACCCCAGCCGCAACAGCAAUCAUCGCCCCAUUCCCCGUCCCCGCCAACACCAGCAUCCCCGUGAUUCCACUGACCACGGAGCCCGCGACCCCAAGCUCCUUCGCCAGCCAAUUCAUCAACUCCACCACAACCGCAGAAUCCACCUCCACCACCUCCGGCUCAAACAACCAGGGUGGCGGUAGCGGCGGCGGCGGCGGUGGUGAUGCUGGUGGCGGCGACGGUGCGGUUCCCGCGAGCCCGACGUCCACCAGCCUGACCACCUCAGGCGGCAGCACGAAUAUGGUCGUGUCCGCGCUGUCGCUCGUGGGUGGCAUCAUUGUGGGCGUGUUGGUCUUAGUUUAGUGGGAGUUGAGUCUCACUCAUCACUUAACCCGCUGUCCGAGUCUC